AUGGCCUUCAAGAAUGGGCUGAGUGAACGCCUCGAUGAGCUGCGCUUCCCUUCCCCGCGAUCUCCUCCCUCCGAGUCCACGUUCCCUGGCUAUAACUCGCUCUCUCCGGGCCAUACCAGUUUCGUUUCGGCCUUCCCGCGGCCGUCAGGCGAUGUGCGCGCCAACCUCCAACGACGAUUUACCACGGACUCGAGUAAGCUCUCUUCGUGGAGCUACUUGAAUCAAGUUGGAGGCUCUGCUCAAGUUGCCGAUCCACUAGAUUUGCUCUCGUCGUUUGAAAAGAAACGUCAGCAUAUAGAGUAUAUGCGUGAGCAGAGGAGAAGAUUCGAAGAGGAUAUGAAGCUGCUGGACAUGCAGCACGAGAAAGAGAAGCAAGAGAUGGAUCAGCUGGCCAGAGACUUGGCCAAAGCUGGGCUGUCGGGACCAGUCAGCGAGCCCACCACUCCCCCAGAGUACCGAGAAAAUGGCUUUGCUGGUGCAUUCACUCGCCCAACUCGCUUCUCUACCUCUAGCGUGACCUCCUCUCCCGGCUUCUUCAACGUCUUCGCACCUUCUCAAGUUACAUCUCCACCAAGUCAAACAACCCACAGCUCUGCUCAGACACCUACCAAUCGUUUCUCUGUUCAUUCGGUUCCUGGAUCUCGUAGGAAUUCUGAAAAGGAGGAUUUUGGUCAAGAAACUGCUUCUCCCUUUCGUCCUGGACCUUCGAUCCACCGUUAUUCAAUGCCCUCUACUGGUCUAGGAUCACAGAUUCGUCCUAAUAUUGCUGCGUUCAGCCACACUUCAGGCCUGGACUCCUUCUCUGCUGCGAAGUACUUAUUCCACAACGAGGACGACAGAGCCACUGUGACAGAGGAGGAUCGGAUCCCUACCCCGGACAUCAAGAGUUACCUCAAACUGACAGAUCCUGACGACAAGUUUCCUACCCUAUCGCGCAGGAACGAGUCUGGUUUGCUGUCUGCAAACUCGGACGCGUUGGAUCUGGCAAAUUCUCGGACUCCUAACCCAGAGACUUGGAAUACUCACAGCCGCCAUCGCUCCUCCCACCAGAGCAUGCCGCAGAACGCCCUAAACAUGUUCCGUCUUGAUCAGCUCGGAAACUCUACCAGCGAGAGCCACGCUCAAGCGCCCAACCCUGCUCGUCACAUUGCAAGACACUCCCUGGAAGCAAACCUCUUCCACAGCCAGGAAGGAGGCCACGGAAAUAUGGGUCCAACCGUCUCAAGUCGUCCAACUUCGCUCCAGACAUCUUACUCUACGAACGACGUUCCCACUGUCAAGGGCGACGGAUUCAACCCUGCAAUUACGCCCCCCAAGGCGCAUGCUGAGAGUUUUCAGCACCACAACACCAACCUGGGUAGGAUUCCAACCAAUUCCAUUGGCACUCAGCAGAAGGACGCCACGCAACAUGAUGAGCCCAAGUCUCAGAACUCCCUGAGUCAGCAAACAACCUUGCAGGCUAGUGCUCCUCCUUUUGGACCACAGCUUACUACUGCCGCCGUAAACCACAAUACGGCCACUCCGACUGCGAUGACUGCGUUCCCAGCGCCUUUCUACGGCUAUGGAAUCCAAGCAUACAUGGGAAACCCCGUCCAGGUUAACGGUCAACUUCAAAACUUCAACCCCGCCGCCCCCUACGGUGCUUAUCCUCCUUACGGUAACUAUCGGCUGGCAGAAGGUCAAGUGAAAGGCGUCACUGCUCGCAGAAGCGGGGACGGAGACUCUAACCAACUGUCUCGCUUCACCAAUUUUCCACUGGAGCAUUAUCGGGGCGAGCUGUACACCCUUUGCAAAGAUCAACAUGGCUGUAGGUACCUGCAAAGGAAACUGGAGGAACGUAACCCUGAACACGUCCAACUCAUAUUCGACGAAACUCAUAUGCAUGUCGUUGAGCUAAUGACCGAUCCCUUCGGCAACUACCUGUGCCAGAAACUGCUGGAGUACUCUAAUGAUGAACAGCGAACCGCUCUAAUCAAUAACGCUGCCCACCAACUUGUGAAGAUAGCCUUGAACCAGCAUGGCACUAGAGCUUUGCAGAAGAUGAUUGAAUUCAUCUCAACUCCCGAACAGAUCCAGACGGUCAUUCAGGCUCUACGUGAUCAUGUUGUGGAGCUGGUUCAAGACCUGAAUGGCAACCAUGUCAUCCAGAAGUGCCUGAACCGCCUUUCUGCAGAAGACGCGCAGUUCAUCUACGACGCCGUCGGAGGCAAUUGUGUGGUCGUCGGGACCCAUCGUCACGGAUGCUGUGUUCUGCAGCGCUGCAUUGACCAUGCCUCUGGCGAGCAGAGGGCUCGUUUGAUCGCUCAAAUUACAGCCAAUGCUUUUGCUUUGGUCCAGGAUCCAUUUGGUAACUACGUCGUGCAAUACAUUUUGGAUCUUGCGGAGCCUCAUUUCACGGAGCCUCUCUGCCAAGCUUUCCGUGGAAACAUCCCGGCUCUGUCGAAGCAAAAAUUCAGCUCCAAUGUGAUCGAGAAGUGCCUUCGUACCGCCGAGUUCCAGAUGAAACGUCAGAUGAUCGAUGAAAUGCUGGCAGGAGCUGAGCUUGAGAAGAUGCUUCGCGACUCCUUUGCCAAUUACGUUGUUCAGACUGCGAUGGACUUCGCCGAUCCUGAAACCAGAGCUCGCAUUGUGGACGCUAUUCGCCCAAUCCUGCCUUCCAUCCGCCAGACUCCCCAUGGCCGCCGCAUUGCCGGUAAAAUGAUGGCAUCCGAAGGCUCUGGUAGGGGAAGCGCCGCGACCAGCGGACAGGUCACCCCCAACGAAAUGAACUCUGCCCAGCUUCCGGGUCCGUUGCAAGGCCCACAGAAGCCAUUCUUGUAUCAACAUAACUCAUUCCCUGCUCCUACUGUUGGGCCCCAGUUUGGAACUCAGAAUUUCAUGCCCGCUUCUGGCUCCGGUUCUGUUUCCAACACCACCUCCGGCGGUGCCAGCGAGAACUCUUCCGGCAUUUAUGCCCCUGCUGCUCAGCAGCCGAACGGCAAUCUCGGGGCUCAGAGCCAGCUGUACGCUUACUUUUAA